AUGGCGGCGCUGCUGCUGCGUAGGCUCGCCGGGACCCACCGCGGCCGCGGCCCGCUGGGGGCCGCCGCCGCCGCCGCCGCCUGCGGUGGAGCUGCGCUCUUCUACGCCUCGUCUUCCCCCACCGUUGCGCACCUGGAGGAGAAGGGCGAAGCCGCUGAGAAAGUUGCACUUAACCCUGAUAAGUGGUUAGAGUUCAAGCUCCAAGAGAAGGCAACGGUUAGCCACAACUCGCAGUUAUUCAGGUUUUCAUUUGAUCCAUCAACUAAGCUGGGACUUGAUGUUGCCUCGUGCCUCAUCACAAGGGCACCUAUCGGUGAGGAAGUUGAGGGAAGAAGAAAAUUUGUGAUUCGACCGUACACACCUAUCUCUGAUCCAGAUUCUAAAGGAUACUUUGACCUAUUGAUCAAGGUUUAUCCUGAUGGGAAAAUGAGUCAGUAUUUUGCAAGUUUGAAGCCAGGAGAUGUUCUGGAAGUCAAAGGGCCCAUUGAAAAGCUCAGAUACAGCCCAAACAUGAAAAAACAAAUUGGGAUGAUUGCUGGUGGUACUGGUAUAACACCAAUGCUGCAGGUUGUCAGGGCUAUCCUCAAAAACCCUGAUGACAACACUCAGGUCUCAUUAAUUUAUGCCAACGUAUCACCAGAUGAUAUCUUGCUCAAAAGAGAACUGGAUAGACUUGCCAGUAGCUAUCCUAACUUCAAGGUAUUUUAUACAGUUGAUAAACCGUCAACUGACUGGAGGGGUGGUGUUGGUUUUGUUUCAAAGGACAUGGUUUUGAAAGGUUUGCCAGGCCCUGCGGAGGACUCUCUGAUUCUUGUUUGUGGUCCACCAGGAAUGAUGAAUCACAUAUCUGGAGACAAGGCCAAGGAUAGAUCACAGGGCGAGCUCUCUGGCAUUCUGAAAGACUUAGGAUACACUACAGAGAUGCGUCUGGCUCUGAACUGGAAACAGUUUUGA